AUGUCGCCACACGCCGUCAUCCCCUCGAGGGAAGCCAUGUUCCAAGAAGAUGACCUCCUUGGAACAUUCUCCAUCUCUCAAAAUGCCUUCCUUCCCGGUAAACCGCCCUUGAGAGUGCUUCCGAACUCAUACUACACGCCAUGGGAGUCCCUGAUGGAUCAGCUGCCAGACCUCAUCAAGAGGCGAGAGAUUCGAGAACGCAUCUCUCAGCUACCCAUACUCACAACAGACAACUUACACACGGAACACGAAUGGAGGAGGGCCUAUGUGAUCCUCGCAUUCUUCACUCACGCUUAUAUCUGGGGAAAUGAUACACCUGCUGAAAUACUCCCACCACCCAUCACGGUCCCUCUCCUAGCCGUGUCCAAACACCUCGACCUCCCACCCGUCGCCACCUACGCCGCCCUCAACCUCUGGAACUGGACCGUCACCACCCCCCACGCCAGCGCCUCACCCGGCGACCUUAGCCUAGACAGCCUAUCCGCCUGCCACACCUUCACCGGCACAGAAUCCGAAUCCUGGUUCUACAUGGUGUCGGUGGCAAUGGAAGCCCAAGCCGGGUCGCUAAUCCCCACCAUCCUCGCCGCCCUGCGCGCAAUCCCCGUGCACGACCACGCCACCAUCACCUCCGCCCUCGCGGCGCUAGCCGCCUGCAUCCGCACGACCUCGUCGCUCCUGACGCGCAUGCACGAGAAGUGCGACCCGGCGGUUUUCUACCACGACAUCCGCCCCUUCCUCGCCGGCAGCAAGAACAUGGCGCACGCGGGGCUGCCGCGCGGCAUCUUCUACGACGUGGGCGAGGGCAAGGGUGCCUGGCGCCAGCUGCGCGGCGGGAGUAAUGGCCAGAGCAGCCUGAUCCAGUUCUUCGACGUCGUGCUGGGGGUCGUGCAUGCCUCGGGCGGGCAUAGCUCGCCGCAUGCUCCAGCUCCGGCAGAGGGGCCGCAGGGGAAGGAGGUCACCGGUAGUUUCCAUGUCGAGUUGAGGGAUUUCAUGCCGGGCCCGCACCGGCGGUUCCUGGAGCACGUGGGGCGGAUGGGGAGUCUGCGCAACUUCGCGCUGCAGGAGGGAGGCGGCGAGGACCAGCGGCGGUGUCGGGAGGCGUAUCGGGAUGCUGUUGCGGCUUUGACGGACAUGCGGGAUGGGCAUUUGAAGAUUGUCACGCGGUAUAUUGUCGUGCCGAGCAGGAGUCCGCAUACGGGGAGGGAGCGGAACUUGGCUAGUGUUUCCAGUCACUCACCUGGUGCUGCUGUGGGUGAGAAGGAAGAUGCGGAGUUGACUGGGACGGGAGGCACGGCUCUUCUGCCUUUCUUGAAACAGUCGAGACAGGAGACGGCUGAAGCGGCGAAGCUGGGGAGUUUGGGCGCUUGA